AUGAUUUUUCUGAAUCGUUUCUACGAUGAUGGGUUAAAUGAAUCAGACCCAAAACGCGGCGUUUCAAAGAUAACCUUUUUGGACGCAUCAUCGGGAGUAAUAGCCAAUGAUAAUAAGACACGUCAGCACCAGUUAGCAAAAUCCCGAAGAGAUAUUUUAAAGCUGUGGCUGGUCUUUUCAGGCCUCAGCUUCCCGGUGGCUGAGUCCGUCAUGGCCGUCCGCUUCUCCCCCGGAGUCUUCUCGUCGACGGCACUUCCCCAUUAUCGUCCUGUGGCGAACCCAGAAGACGGAGGAAGCUACUUCCAUGUCGCGACUCGCCGAAUAAUUCAUUCUCACCGGCUCAACACUAUUGCUGGGAAUGGAUUUCUGAAGUGUAACAGUGAGUUUGUUACAAGAAAGGACCCGAGGAAGAAUAGGACUCAAGCCAUAGCAGAGUAUUUGGGUUCAGCUUCAGAUCCAAAGAAGCCAACAGGGAAGUCAAGUUAUCAUCCUUCAGAAGAAAUCAGAGCUUAUCUGGCAGAGAAUCAUGGAGAUUCUAGGCUUCCACCUGCAGAAACAGCUAGAACCAUCAUUGAGGUGAACAAGAAAGGAACGCUGAUGCUUUCAGGUUUACUUGGUAUUGGACUUCAUGAGAAUAUUCUCUGGCCUGAUAUACCUUAUGUAACAGAUCAGCAUGCAAAUAUAUACUUUCAAGUAAAGGAAAACGAAGACAUAAUGCAGACUGUUGUUACUUCCGAUAAUAAUUAUGUGCAAGUGAUAGUAGGUUUUGAGACAAUGGAGAUGAUCAAGGACAUGGAGCUGAGCAGUCCCUCUGGUAUUGGUUUUGGAAUCGAAGAAGGUAUAAGUGAAGUAGAGGAUGAAAACAAGGUGGAUGAGGAUGAAGGAGAAGAAGACAAAGAUGACGAGGAAUGGAUCGCUGUUCUAGAAGAUGGAGAUGAAGACGAUGAUUACGUGUCAGAUUCUGAUGAGUCACUUGGAGACUGGGCAAACUUGGACACAAUGCGAACUUGCCAUCCUAUGUAUUUCGCCAGGAGGAUAUCUGAGGUUGCUUCAAAUGAUCCUGUGAACUGGAUGAAGCAGGCGUCCACUGGCCUUGCGAUCCAGGGGCUACUGAGUCGUGUCUUUGUGAAAGAUCACUUAGAUAUCCAAAAUCAUAUCUCUGAUCCUAAUUCUACAAGUACUGACCAAAACAAGGAAGGAGAGAAAUUUGUUAGGCCAAGUGGGGAUGAUGAAUCUGAGAUAUUGCAGCUUGAGGAUUCGAGUAAGGCCAUAACGUAUUACAAGCUGGAGAUGAUAAGGAUCCAGCUCAUCACGGCACAGGGGCAUCAGGCUGAAGUGGAAGUGGGAGAUGUCAGGAAAGCACAACCUGAUGCUAUUGCUCGAGCGUCAGACAGUAUUGUGAGUCGUCUAGAAGAAGAUGGCGAUAAACUAACUGAAGCUCUGAAGUCUCUGUGUUGGAGACAUAAUGGGAUUCAAGCAGAGGAAGUGAAGCUCAUUGGGAUAGAUUCACUUGGUUUCGACCUCAGGCUUUGCUCUGGAAUGCAAAUUGAGACAUUACGGUUUGCAUUCUCGAUAAAGGCAACAUCAGUACACAAUGCUGAGGGACAGAUGAGAGAAUUGUUAUUUGCUUCGACACUUCAUAAACCAAAGUAA